AAACCUUAUGCAAUCUUAUAUUAUAUGAUCUAUGGUAACACCUCACACAUAACACAUUUUCAAAAAACAUGAAGCAACCAUCAUCAUGGAGGCCAUUCACAACAAAUUGUUGCUCAACAGAGGACCAAACCAUAUUCACAGGGUUCAGCAAAUGCAAGCCGUCACGCUCCGAUUUAUCGAAGGAAGUGGCGCCGUUACCGUCUUUUAGGAGGUUAUCAUUCUCGGAGCUUAGCCGUUCAUCGUCCAUAAGGAUCAAUGAGGAGCUUUCGCUCUCGUUUGGGCCCGAUUUGUAUGAUUUUGAGCUCAGUGAAUUGCGCGCCAUAACUCAAAAUUUCUCGAGCAAUUUCUUGCUUGGUGAGGGUGGAUUCGGAACCGUGCAUAAAGGGUAUGUUGAUGAUAAUUUGAGGCAGGGUUUGAAGGCUCAACCUGUUGCUGUUAAGCUUCUUGACAUUGAAGGAUUACAAGGACACCGUGAAUGGCUUGCAGAAGUGAUAUUCCUUGGGCAGCUAAGGCACCCCAAUUUGGUUAAGUUGAUUGGUUACUGUUGCGAGGAUGAAGACCGUUUACUCGUCUAUGAAUUCAUGCCACGUGGAAGCUUGGAGAAUCACUUGUUCAGAAGGCUAACAUCACUUCCAUGGGAAACAAGAUUAAAAAUUGCUAUAGGUGCUGCUAAAGGUCUUUCUUUCUUGCAUGGAGCUGACAAACCUGUCAUUUACAGGGAUUUUAAGACUUCCAAUGUCUUGCUUGAUUCCGAUUUCACAGCAAAACUCUCAGACUUUGGAUUAGCAAAAAUGGGACCAGAGGGAUCAAACACUCAUGUUUCCACCAGAGUUAUGGGUACCUAUGGAUAUGCUGCCCCGGAAUACAUCUCAACAGGGCAUUUGACCACAAAAAGUGAUGUAUACAGUUUCGGAGUAGUCCUGCUAGAACUCCUUACAGGAAGGAGAGCAAUGGAGAAGACAAGACCAAAGACAGAGCAAAACCUUGUGGAUUGGUCAAAGCCGUACUUAAGGAGCAGUAGGAGGUUGAGGUACAUAAUGGAUCCAAGGCUUUUAGGGCAAUACUCUGUGAAGGGUGCAAAGGAAAUGGCUGUUUUGGCAUUGCAUUGUGUAAGCAUGAAUCCUAAAGACAGGCCAAGAAUGGCAACGGUUGUUGACACUCUUGAGGGCCUACAACACUUCAAGGACAUGGCGGUUACUAGCGGACACUGGCCGGCGGCGAGUAAGUCCACUAGAAAUAAUAAUAAUGGAGCUUCCAAGAAUGUGAAGGGCAGAGGUGGUGCUAACCAAAAGAAACCUUCUCAUAUAGUCCCAACCAAAAAGACUUGAUUUGUACACUAUCAAUUAGAAGAGUGGUUUUUAAGGUAAAGUGUAAGGUACCACAUGUGGUAUGGCUACAUUAUGAUUGUUGGCCACCCUAUAUAUAUGUGUGUAAAUGUAUAAAAUAUGUGUAUGCAAUAUAGAUAAACUAUUGAGUGUAUAAUAAAUCUUGCUUUACAAAAAAGAUUUUUCC